AUGGCUCGUACGGCAUGCGUCGCAGUACGACUGCCCUCUGUGGGUUUGUGUCGGCAGCUGUAUGUACGUCUCAGGUUUCCGGGCGGCAGCGGCGCUCCUUGUCGUACAUUGGGAUUCAGUUGGACGGAGGCUCCUCCAGCGUUUUCGCGGACGCUUCUUGAGGAUGUGGUCGCCUUCAUGGUUCUGUGGAUCCAGGUCACCUCGCAGCUGGGACAUUACAGCAAACUCUUUGGACCUCAAAUCCUUCUCCAGCUGAACCUCGCCUUCUACCUGCCCUCCAUCCCCAUCCUGCUCCUUAGCGGCUCCCUGGAGCGAUCCCUGGACGCCCGCGUAGGGCCCAUCGGGUCCAUCGCUCUCCGCCUCCACGCGGGGCUAGCUGCCUGCCUGGCCCUGGCGGCAUUGUUCCCGCUACUGCCGGGGUUCCGUCCGGGGACCGGAGCCCUGUGGCCGCUGCUGACGGCAGUAGCGGCGCUAGGAGGCGCGUCGGCCGUGGCAUUCAGUACGUCGUACCAGCUUGUACAGUACUUUAGGUGGGAUGAGCAUGAGUUGUCCCCGUCGGGAUUGUGUUUUGUGUGCUGGAUCUCAAUGUACGAAAUCUGCGCCGGCUUCAUAUUGGCGGGCCUUCUGUCCUCGUCUUCGCUGUGCGUGCAAUACUGGUCAAAGCUAACCGGCGCCGCCACGGCCGCCGACGGCGGCGCCGCCACCGCCGCCGACGGUGACGACAGCCGCGUGCCAUUACUUGCAGCAGCGGCGGCGGCGUACGACGAUUGCGUCACGGCUGGCGCAGCGGCGGCGGACGGCGACGUGGAAGCCGCCGCCAACGCAGCCUCACCGCCGCGCUUGAGGCUGCUGAUAGGCGCGGGAAGUGGCAGCGGCGGGUACGGCAGUCCUGGCUCGCCGUACAAUGGGCACUUGCUUAGGCGGUUCGGCUCCGUCACCACCGCCAACGCUGCCGUGAACUCCAGGUUGUCGUACCGUGUGCAGUCGUACAGGUCCCCUGGUGUCUACCGUCGAGGGCCUACGACGGCUCCGGACCCCUUCAACGUUUUCAGUUUGUUGACACCUCGUCUGGAUGGCGGUUUUGAGUGGGAUGACGACGACGAUGACGACUCGGCGCCGCCGGUGCUCUUCCGCCGAUCCGCAUCCGCGGGCGUGGUCGACAGCAGCGGCGGCAGUACCCGGUCCGCGGCGGCGGCGCGGCGGCGGCGGGAGGCGCUGGCGGCGGUGGCGGCGGCGGGGGGAUGGAGCAGGAACCGUAUCGGGACAUCACCCUACAUCAAGCCCAGCUCGCCGCCGUGUACCCCUACGCGCACGACGACGGUGACGGCGACGGCGGCUGCGUCGCCGGGCCGUGGCGGCGGUGGCGCCGCUGCCGCCGACAGCUCCCCAAUCACCCCCCGGCCGCGCGGUCUCAUUGGGAUGGCCUCGGCGCCGGCGACAAUGGUUUGGCGCCCCGGCGGCGGCGCGCACGGCGACGGCGGCGGCGGGGAACCCGUGGUGAGUACGGGCGACGAUGGCGCCGCAGCCACCGCCUCCGGCGGCGGCGGCCGCGUCCGCGGCGUUUUGGAGUUUGGGAUCCCUGACGAGGAGCCCCUUGCCGUACAGCAGAGCUCCAGCACAGCCGCUGCCGUAGAACAAGAGCCGGAGGGUCAGCUCAAAAUCCAGCAGUUGUACGGCACCAGGGUGAGUUCCUUCGCAUCACAAGAGGCUUCGGAGCAGCUCGCCAAGGCGCUGCAGAUACAGAAUGGGUGUACGGCGGCGCAGGCGGAGGGCGCUGGCGGGGGCGCCGCCGCUAACGAGAAGGAUAAAUUGCCGCCACCGGAGGGCUCGGGGGGAUUAGCGUCGGCGGAGGCGCCGCCGCCGCUGCCGGCGGCUGCGGUAGCUGUGGCGUUAUCGCCACCGCCGCUGACGCUGAGACAGGAGGUAGUGGAGGUUGUGCGAGCCUCGUGGCAAGUCAUGCUGGGUUUCACACUGGAUGUGACGCUGCUGUACAUCGUGUUCCCCUUCUUCACCUACGUGCCGGCCUCGGGGUGGUUGGGGGAUAACCUGCCCCAGGUUCUCUUCUACUCGCGGCUCUUCACCGACUUUGCCGGGAGACUGCUACCAAGAUGCCGGGCCCUGCAAAUUCGCUCCGGAACUGCCGUACUGCUGAUGUCCGCCGUGGCAAUGUGCGUUGCGGCGCUGUUCUUAUUGUACAUCCUCGCGCCCCCCCGGCUGGUGGCCAAAGCGCCGGGUUUGCUGCGUAACGAUGUCGUACCUCUGGCAUUGGUCGUGUUUCUGUGGAUCACUGGCGGCUACAUCAACACCAUGAGCAACAUGUUAGCGCCCUCCCAGGCCCCGCCCCACCUAGCAGGCAGAGCCUCCGCGAUGAUGGCCCUGCUCUUCAACGUGGCGCACAUCGGGGGCCUUAUCAUUGCGGCGGGCAUGGCGGCAUUCAUCUUUGGAGACGUUGUGGGAUGA